ACGUUUUUCUCCCGUUCGUCAAUAGACAUUUUAUAUAAUGAUUUUCUUAUUUAUAACCUGUUUAAUAUUAACUGGUCACCUGGCAAACUCCAGACCAAACUAUUAUUGCAACGUGCCAGUACCAGCGUAUUGCGUGCCGUACCAAAGCGAUUGUUACGCCAGUUGUUCGCAACCGAUUAACAAUGCCGUAACUCCAGCACCAGAUGAAAAAACCACUACCACAGCACCAACAACAACUACAACACCAACAACAACUCCAUCAACAACAACUGACGCGUCUGACAGCCCAAAGAAGAACGGAAGAAGGAGCAUGGACUCUGGGAGGAGGAGCGACGAUGCUGGACUGUUCACCAGCCUGUUCGCUAUACCAGGGGCCAUGGUGGAUUCUUUAUUGUCUACAAAUAUUUCUGUAUAAAUAAAUAUAUUAUUAUCAUUUGUAAGAGGU